AUGACCCGAAAGCCGUUUGACGAAGCUGAGCAACAGUCGCCACUGCUGGUGGCCAACUUGGACAUCAUUGGCUAUGAUCUAGACCACAUCCGAGCUGCGAAGAGAUUCAAAUCCUUCCUGGAGGCUGGAAGACUUGCUUUCCUGCGAUAUCCCAAGCUCAUGGAUGCGAAUAAGUCUACUCUUUUGACAUACCAUUGCUCUGGUAUGGCUGGUAUCAAGCCUCAAAAGCCCUGA